AUGGCAUGGAAAAGGGAAGCGGCAUCGUGGCCGCGCGUGAUCCUGGUAGCGACCCUUUUCUCAUUCCUGUGUAGCGUUCUGCUAGCCCUAAGGAUAAACAAAGAGGAUGGAUUUAUAAAUAAACUUGAAAAUGACAGUGAAGUCAAGGUAUCCACAGUUGUAUUUAACAUGAGAGACGAAAAAAUGUACGUCGAUGACGAACAUUUUGAUAAUCUCAGAACGUUGCAAAAUAUGUUACUCCACUGUUUUAAGACAACCGAAAAGAAAUUAAUCCUCAAGGAUAUAGGAAUAGAUAAUGUCAAGUACCUUUUCUAUGAAAAUUUUAAAAAUGAGGUGUAUGAAUACUUCAAGCUAUUUUUUAAGUUCAUAAAGGAAAAUUUCCCUUACUUUACCAAAAGGUUACAGGAAGAAAAAAAAAAUAAUAAUCUAAGUGAGGAAGAUUAUCUCUCCAAUGAUAAGUUACAGGAACUUCUAGAAGACGUAAUCAGUUACGAAAUAGAAAAAAAUGCAUUUUAUUUUGAGAAGUUGGUUCAAUUUAUUACUCUCCGAAAAUGCUUUACCAUGAACAUUUCUGCCAACGUAGACAACACAGCAAAGCUCAUCCUCCUUUUGAUGGAAGUUGAUUCCAAAAAGAAACAAGUCCACUUCAAGCUUAAAAACAAUAUAUCUGCAGAGGAACUUCAAGGACAGCAACAACAACAUCGACAACCACAGCGACAACAACACAACCACAACAACACAACAACAACACAACAACAGCAACGACAACAACAACAAAGACAACCGAAACAAUUAUCAUCCCAUGCCGGAGGAGCACCACCAUCUGCAGGGGAAGUACCCGUCCUAGAAACUACGAUAAAUCCACCGAGGACAGGCAACCUCGUCAUGCGAACGAACAAAAAUAUGUCUUUGCCAAUGAGCUACUUCAAAAAUUUAUGUAUUAAAAAUAAUUUUCAAGUAGCAUCGAGAAAUUGGAUAGAAUUUUUCUACAGACACAAUGAAACCUUAUGUCAUGUGGAAACUUGCGGAUCUGGGGAUUGCCUUUUUUUAUCAUUACAAUAUUUAUUAGACAAGAAUGGAGUGCGAACUAAUAACGUUAUUCCAAAUGCAGCCGUCCCGGAGAGUUCGUUUCUUCCAUGGUAUAUACGAAAUGUCAAACAAACAGAUGAUCCCAAGUUUAAUGUUAAUGAUUUGAGAUACCUGAGUACGUUUUAUUUUAUAAAAUAUUUUCCUGGAUAUACUGAAGAUUACGAAAUAGAUGAACAAUUCAUAAAUGAAAAGUUUGAUCUUCUUAUAAAUCUGGAGUUCACUAAUUAUUAUUUGAAGAAGGAUUACCUAUAUAAAGUAAUGAAAGAUAAUAAAGAUGAUGAAAAGAACAAGUCUGUUCUCGUUCUCAUUUCCAACUAUAUGAAUAAGUACCUCUUCUCUGGUGGACGACCUCCCAUCGCUAAUACUGAGGAGGGUGCUGCUCUUUGUAGAUAUAACACUUGCCAGAAGGGAAACACGCAGGGUCCAGGCCCCAGCGGCAAUCACCGAAAUGGACGUGGAAACGGCUGGAUCAACGAAAAACGGGGCGGAGGGCCUAUCAGAGGCAGAGACCAGAAUGAUGAUGACGACCUGAAUGGAAACCACAACAGUAAAAAAAGGGGAAACCAGAUCGGUGGAGGAAAGGAAAACAGCCACAAAUCACCCAUCAGACGCAGUGGCAACAUGGGUAGCAGUGGUAAUUUGAGUAGUGGGCCUAGUGGAACCAGGAACAAAAAUGCCGGGGAUUUUCAAAACGUUAUGGAGGAAAGUGAAUCUUCCCUAAAUCCCAAUCGGGGUGAGCGCUCCUUGAAUUCGAACGUCCAACGGGGAAUGGAAUCCAUGAAAAAUAGCGACGACAACCUUAGUAUAAGCGGAUCACAGUCAGGCAACGCGGUGCUCGCAGACGAAGACAAAAAGGUGCAGUUCCAGAAGGUGGAAGAAGGAGGAGAGGGAAACACGUCCACAAAGGAUGCAUACUUCCGAGUGAGUUACGGGCCCAACCAAUCCCCAGAAAGCACGAGCACGGUGAAGCACGAUUCCGUCACUAUAUCGCUCAAGAGAAACAGUAGCGACCGCCUGAGCAGUAGCAGUGAUAGCAUCAACAGUAGCGACAGUGGGAGUCCCACCGUUCCGAGGAAUCAGCCCCUUCGCAUUUCAUCGAAAGAUAUUGAAAAAGACAGCGCGAAGGUUGCAGGCGCAAGUACGCUGAAAUAUACUGACAAGAGAAAAAACGUGGAGGUGUCAAAUUCAAAAUUCACAGAAAGUACGAAGGGUAAUUACGAACAUGUAGUCGUGCCACACUCAUCAGGCACGGAAGAGAGUACAGACACCGAGGAGAGUACAGCCACCGAAGAGAGUAUAGCCACCCAAGAGAGUACAGCCACCGAUAUGAUGAAGCCCAAAAGAUACUUAACCAAACAAGGGCUUCUAUGUACCACGCCGAGUUGUAGUCCUGAUAUCUCCGACAUACGAUUAGUGCAACAUGAAAAGGAUAAAAAAAGUCGUCUCUAUGACAAAACCAUAACACAAUCUGAAGAAUCCACAGAUGAUGCAGAAGAAAGCGAAAAAGAAAAUAAAAAUGGAGACGGCAUAGAUGAAGAACAUGAUUCAAACAAGCGAGACGACAGUGAACCUAAGGGCGAGAUGUCUGAUUAUAAUGACAUUUUAGAAGAAGUGCAUGAAGGGGGGUACAGAAUUUAUGAACUGAUCUUCUUCAAACUAGUAUCCCUAUCAGCAAACAAAAUGACAUAUGAUGAAUUAAAGGGUGUUAAAAAAAAAAAUAUUCAUACUUUAGUGGGUACAGAUCUCAAGUCGAAAAUAAUCGGUUCUCAUGUUUUCAUGAAAAAAAUAACACAAGGUACCAUACUCCCAUUUUUUAACUAUAUCAACCUUAAGAACAAAUUGAACAAUGUAAACCGAAAGUUGAAUUAUGCUAAUCCAGAUCUAUAUGUUAUUAUCACCAAGACAACAUUUAAUAAAGAAAUUACAAGACCAAAGGAUGGAUUAGUAACCAAAAGUUUACUGUUCAAACAUAAUGGAGACUGUAUAUCUUACUGGUCCAUUAAAAAUAAUCAUUACCAUUUUACUUGCGAUAAUAAAGUUAUUCAGACGAAAACCAUUGAGGAAAAGGCAUCUGCCUUUUUCUACGAAAGGACAAGGACAGGACACAUCCACUGGGGAGAUGAAACAGAUUAUGAUGGCUUCCAAAAAAUGUUUAAUAUUGGUUUAAUUACAUUUAUUAAUAAUAGCACCAAGUUUUUUUUUCCUAGAAAUACGUUCCAAGAUUAUCCUAUAUACUUUCUAAUUUACUUUUACUCUGGUGUUCACUUCGAACCGAGCAUCCACAUUUCGGUGCAGGACGACCAGGAGGUCUGUCGCUCCUCGUACGACAGGAACACCAUUCCUCCCUCCUUCCUGAAGGUCCCCAAGGAAUAG